AUGAACUGGCCGAAGUUUGAGGCCAAUGAAAAUGUGGUUCUACAAAGGAUGAGAGCUCUCGUUCUCCUCACCCUUGCUCUCGCUAUUUGCGUGAAUGCAGGUCUGCUCGACCUCAAAAGCUCUGCUGGGACCGUCAAGGGCAUUAUUAAAGAGAAGGUGAUCGACAAGAUAGAGCAGGCUGCUGAUCGCAUUAAGGAGGCCUUCAAAAACGAUAUGGCUGCUUUCAAGAAGAGAUUAAGCGGAUUCAGGGACAAAAUAUUGAAGAAGCUCGCGUUGACAAAGGAGCAAAGAGUGGCACUCCUAGAAAGACUUAAGCUUUUCAAAAGAAAAUCCAUUGACAAAGUGCAACCAAUGGGAGACUCAAUUGAGGAGAUCAAUAGAAACAGCAAAAUAGCCGGUGCUCUUUUCCAAGGAGAUAUGAUCCUUUCAAAAGAUCAAGAGGACCAAAUUAUUGCCGAAAUCAGCGACGGUACCCGCUCCAAGCGACAGGCCAUGAAAGAAACAGAGUACCCUGGCAAAAGAUGGCAUCAAGGAGUCAACUACUUCUUCGACAGUAAAUUUUCAACCCCAGAAAUAAAAAGUGUCUUCAAAGAAGGCGGCGGAGCUGUGGAUGAACAACACAUGCAUCGACCUCAGAGAAGAGAAAUAUGCAAGAGACACGGUACGUGUGUACAAAGGGGAAGGGUGUUUCUCGUUCUUCGGCAGAAUUGGUGCUACUCAGAGCCUUUCACUUGGUCCAGGCUGCGAAACGGUAAGGUUCAGAAAGCUCCGUGUUGA